AUGGGGAGUCAUUCAGGUAAAGAUAAUGGAAAGGAGAAUCUCGACAAGGAAAGUGUUCCUACCAAAGAUCUUGAAAAUCCAUCGUUUCCAAAUUUGAACAUGGUUAUGGUGAAUGAAGAUCAUCCCGUACGGAAUGACUAUGAAUUACCAAAGUCUUUUAUAGGUGAUCAGGGUCAGCAGAAUGAGGAGGGUAUGGCUAAGGAGAGGUUGAUUUCUGCUCGUGAAGGUGACUGUAGCACUCAAGAUCUUGCAGAUGAUUCAUCUUUUCUGCUGGAGCACAAUUAUUCUUGUAGAAAUGAUCCCAAAGGUGUUAUGGAUGAUGACCGAGGAUUAAUAUGCUGCAAGAGUCCACCUUUCAAGGGUUAUCAUUCUGACUUUGAACUAUCCCCAUGCACUCAAUGCUAUGAAGUUAAUUCUCCAGGCUCUGAGUUAACAGAAGCACAAGUAUCAGUCUUACCCAGGCAGAGCAUUUUCUGCAGCAGCUUGCUGAAGGUAACAAGGAGCUCUGGAGGAUUAG